AUGGUCGUAGAGGCGAAAGCGGACGCGGCCCCUGCCGCCGCCACCGCGGGCGCACCACCGUCCAAGGAGAUCCCCAACACCGAGGUGCGCCCGGACCAUUCCACCGUCGACCAUCCGAGCUCGCCCGCACCCGCAGCCGCGACCGCGACCGCCGAGGAUGGCCCGCGUGCUCCCCCCGCGCUGCCUUCCAGCCAUGCUCCAGGUAGCCCGACGCUGAGCGAGCUCGACUCUGAGGAGCUCGAGGAGCUCGAGGCAUUCGCCGAGGCCGAGGCGUCCGACGACGAGGGCGACCAGCUGCAGGACCGCUUCCUCGACGAGGUCACGCUGCUCUUCCCUCCGGAAAAGGUUGAGGGCAUGGUCCAGUUCCUCAAGCAGAACGGCAUCGUCCGCUUCUUUGCCGAAUACGUCGAGCUCUACAGCGGCAAGAUCAAGCACCUCUUGGCGGCGCUCGGCGUGCUCCUGCCGCGUCAGAUCGUGCUCGAGGACAUGACGGACCGCCAGCUCUACCCGCUCCUCAAGACGGCCCUCUCGCGCAUCCUGCGCAACCGCGACAAGCUGCCGCAGUACAACACCGUCGACGACGCCCUCUCGCUCAUCGCAAACAGCAAGCGCAUCGUCGUCCUCAGCGGCGCCGGCAUCUCGGUCUCGUGCGGCAUCCCCGACUUUCGCUCCCGCGACGGCAUCUACGCCCAGCUGCAGCGCGACCCGCAGUUUGGCGAUCUCGACGACCCGACCGACAUGUUCCACAAGGAGGUGUUUCUGCGCAACCCGCGCCUCUUUUACUCGUUUGCCCACCGCAUCUUUCCGAGCAACUUUGCGCCGUCGCCCUCGCACCGCUUCAUCAAGCUGCUCGAGGAGCGCGGACAGCUGCUGCGCAACUACUCGCAGAACAUCGACACGCUCGAGCAGCUGGCGGGCAUCGAGAGGGUGCUUCAGUGCCACGGCUCGUUUGCCACGGCCACGUGCACCGACCCGGCGUGCGGGUACAGGACCAACGGCUCCGACAUCAAGGACGACAUCUUUGCCAAGCGCAUCCCGGACUGCCCGCGCUGCGAAGAGAGGAAGCGCAAGCGCAAGGGCGGCAAGGACAAGGCGGCCAAGAGGAGCAAGGGCAACGGGCAGGCGGGCGGCGGCGGGAGCAGGAAGGCGAGCAGCAGGCACGACGACAGCGACGACGACGAGCACGAUGACGGGCUGGCGUACGGCAUCAUGAAGCCCGACAUUACCUUUUUCGGCGAGAAGCUGUCCAACGCCUUUGACCGCGCGCUGCUGGCGGACCGGGAGAGCGUCGACCUGCUCAUCGUCAUGGGCACCUCGCUGAAGGUGGCGCCCGUCUCGGAGCUCGUGUCGCACAUCCCGCACUCGACGCCCGUCAUCCUCAUCAACCAGGCGCCCGUCUACCACAUCGCGGUCGACAUCAUGCUGCUGGGCGAGGCGGACCGCAUCGUCGACUACAUCUGCACCAAGCUCGGCUGGACGCUGCCUCGCGCCAAGCCCGUCAAGGAGGUCGUCGGCGACGAUGUCGUCGUGCCGGCCGAGACGGACGACGAGCGCAGCGGUGGCGGUCAAGCGGCGCAUGGACACGGCAAGGCCGUCGAGGAGCCCGAGCGGCUGUUGGACAGCCACGUGUGGCUCUUUGCGGGCGCAGAGCCGGGCAGGCUGCCGCAGUUGCUGGCCGCCGAUGACGAGAGCGAGGACGGCGAGGGUGGCUCUCCGAGUGACGAGGAGCAGGAGGAGAAGCAGGCUAGAGAAGAGGUAGAGGUCCAGCAAGGGGAACAGGCGGACACUGCCUCGGCAGCAUCGUCGACACCGGCAUCAUAG